ACAAGACAAAAACUAAGCUUGCAUUACUGUCAUGGCAAGCCUAAAUUGUAACAGGAGGAUUUCAGAGCAAGAAGAUCAUGACUUCAUAGAACCAGAUUGGUCAGGGCUCCAACCAGAACUGGUAGAGUUGAUUCUAUCCAAGCUCUCCAUCAUCAACCUUAUACGCUGUCAAGCCGUUUGCUAUGCUUGGUGCUCGGCUGUGAAAACCAUCUCUUCCUCUGGUUUCAGUCCAUGGCUCCUGGUUCGUGACGACGAUGCUGCAGCCUCAUUCUGCUUCUUCAUUGCUGAGGAGAAUUACUUUCUCAAGAUUAAGAAGCACGAAUCAGUCGGAAAACAUGAUUGGUGCAUCGGAUCAUCGAACGGAUGGCUUGUGCUCUUGGAUGAGAGAUGGGAUCCAUACCUUGUAAAUCCUUUCUCACAAGUGAGAAUCCAACUACCAUCCUUUACUUGGUUGCAUCCAUACGUCGUCAAAUACCUAAAGCCAGCGAACAAUUCCCUCUUCAAGAAAGUCAUCCUGUUGUCAAACCCAUCUCAGGACAAAAAUAAUUAUGCAGUAGCAGUUACAUAUUGGAAUAUGCAUAGAAGAAAGCUUUGCUUUUGCAAGAAUGGAGAUCGAGACUGGACUGACAUUGAUGGUAAUCUUGAAGACUACUCGGAUAUCGUAUGCCAUAAUGACAUGCUUUAUGCAAUAGCAAAAGAUUGUUCGAUUGAAGCUUGGGACUGUCGAGGUCCUCGUCCGAUUAAACGAUUGAGCAUGAAACCUUUGCUGGAAUCCAGACAACAAUCUGGGAUGGAGAAAUUUAUUGACAGUCGUUACUACAAGAUAAAAGACAACUAUUACUUGGUGGAAUCCUCAGGCAAGCUUCUAAUUGUUGUGAGGAAGACUUACUACUUGCUCGAUCCCAAAAACCGAGUAGAAGCACAGCAGUUGAAUUUGCCAAACAGAAUGUUGUAUUUUGAUGUUUAUGAGUUGGAUUUCAAGGAAGAAAGCUGGGUGCUUGUGGAAUCGAUUGGUGAUCGGGUUCUGUUUCUGGGUAAAAGUCAUUCCAUGUCAAUGUCAGCUGCUGCUAAGAGUUAUCCUGGAUGCGAAGAAGGAGAUUCGAUUCAUUUCACAAGUGAAUAUCGGAUGAAUGGACAUUGUGAAGUUGGUGUUUUCAGUUUAGGACGUAGAACUGUUAGACCAUAUACAUUGAAGGUUAGAAGACCUCCAUUGUGGAUUACUCCAAACACGCGGUGAAAAUUCAUACUGUCUGUCUAUUGCAAUCAUCAUCGUUCAUGUCUGAUCUCUGUGUUACACCAUGUCUCAGCCUUUUCUCUCAUACUACAAAUGUAUGCACAAAUCUAU